GGCUAACAUCGUUCUUUAACUUGUGUGAAUGUAUUGAAAACUCGAUCGCGAUUGGUCAGAAACAUCAAGAGAAAUUUCCCUUCAUUCCUACGAUUCCGAAAACUCAUAAGAGAAAUAUGAUGCACGCAUACAUCUACAUGAUAUUUUUUUAAUAAAAUCGUUAAUUUCGGCUCUCGUUCGUUCGUUGUUGUUGCUCGUUCGUUUAAUACAGUUCGCGUUAUGUGUAUUUUCUCUAUAGCAAUGAUGAUGCAAGCUUUAUAUCAGUCGGAGUUUAGUGUUUGACUUGGAGAGUAGACAAAUUUUCACAAUCGAAAAUUAAAUUUUUUUGUUUAUUACUACGUUAAAUUUAAAUAGUGCUGCUGUGAAUUAUGGAAAAAUAGAUAAUAUAGUGUAUUUUAAUUAAGUUUUUGUGUGUGGCACUGGAUUUUGCUGUGGUUUCGAUUGAAAAUUAGGCCUCGGAAAAAUCGGAAGAAAAAAAAUUCAUUUUUAUUUGAUUUUUUUUUCUCUUCUUUUUUUUCAUUAAAUGAAGAAAAAAUUUUUACACGAGGCAUAACCGUACUAAUACAAGCAUACAGAAAAAUUGUACAAAAUAAAAAUAAUGAAACUAGUUUAAAGGAAAUAAGAAGCAAGAAAGAAGAAUAAAGAAGAAAUCAGCUACAAUGAUUUCUCGUAAACGUGUAAAAGAUUUCAACAAAAUUUUAACAUGCCUUUUGUGCAAAGGAUACCUGAUAGAGGCUACAACAAUCAACAUAUGCAUGCAUUCAUUUUGUCGUUCCUGUAUAGUAAAACAUAUUAAGCUUUUUGAAUCAUGUCCAAUCUGCGACUGUGAAAUAAGAUUAGGAAAUUUAAGACCAGACAUUCGAUUGCGUUCGAUUGUUUACAAAAUCAUUCCUGGACUUUAUGCCAAAGAACGUCAAAAUGUAUCUCAUGAUGGUUUUGAGCAGCGUAUAUUUUUAAAUGGAACAUCAUCAGGGGCUCAUGCACUAGUCAGUAAAUAUGAAAAGCAAACAUUUGACAUCUGUUAUGAGGAUGAAAAAUUGGCAAAGCAAUAUUUUUAUGAUCCAGAAGAACCAAUAAGUUUAUCGCUUGAAUAUCAUAUGGAAUCAAUAUUUGGUAGUAAUAAUAUAACAUCAAUAAGCAACAACAUUCCACAAGUUAGAUAUUUGCAAGCUCCAGCUGCAUUCAAAGUGCUUCAUUUGAAAAAAUUCCUAUCGUCUAAAUAUGAUCUGAGCAAUUUGAAGAAACCAAUGUGCAUUGAUAUUAUCUACGAGGGCGAUAUUCUAUCGGAUGAAUUUUCAUUAAUGGAUAUUGCAUAUACCUACAACUGGGAGCGUGAGGCACCUCUGAAGCUGUUUUAUCGUAUUUACAAGAGCAAAAAACACAACAAUAACAAUGAAAUUAAUCUUAUUAAAAAGGCACUCAUCAACCAACCAUUUGUGAAAUUGAGCUCAGCUGAUUUUCGAGCGACCAUGGAGGAGUCAUUAUCAAGGAAGGUGUCAGAUGCUGUUGAUUGCAACAAUCAUGCUCAAGAGUCAUCAUCGACACAUCAUAACAAUAAUAAUAAUAGUAGGAGAAUGAAUACAAAUUCUACGGGUUCAAUUCAAAAUCAAAAUCAGAAGCAACAGUCAAAGCCGAGCGAAGCUCCUCGUCAUGAUUUAAAAAUAAUUAUAGCUAAAAAGCCAAGUAGCAAAAAUAGUAAAGUAUUUGACGUUAGUAACAAUAAAAUAAAGUUGAAUAAACCCAACAGCUACAUCAGUAAGGUUCUUAUAAAUGAUUGUGAGCGCUUGCGUGGUGAUGUUGAUAAUUUUACUUCGUCAGAAAUCGCUUCAACAUCGGAAAUGAAAACAACUUUAAGCAAAAAGACUGGAACGGUCUCGCAUCAUGAUUUAAAGUUUGAGAAUAAGAGCAACAGCAGCGGCAGUAUGAAAAGUAGUAGUAGGCACAAUAAUAAUACCGAUUCUCAUGAUUUUUACGAAUAUAAAAUAAGUGAAGGAGAGAAAGAGAAGCAACAGCAACAAAAACGCGAGAGCACGAAACAUACAAAUUCAUCAACAUCAUCAUCUUCAUCUUUUUCACAUCAUUCAACGGCGGGACGGAAUGAAGAAAAAUUUAAAGUGAAAUCCAACCUCUCUUUAAAUAUACCAAAAUUGAAAAUUGAAUUGCCAAGUUUGAAGACGAAAAUAACUGUACCCAAGACACCUAAUGAGAGCUAUUCAAUAUCUAAAUCACCAUUUAGUAAUAAUGUAAAAUGUGAACCGCAAAUUAAACGAGUGCGAUUCGAUAUGUCAAAUACACCAUCGUACUCGUCCUCCAAAGCUGUAUAUGACUUUGAUGAUGAAAUUGAAUCAAUGAAUUCGUGCGUUGAUCAGAAAAAAUAUGCUGCGAGAAUUGGUUUAAAACCGGUUGAAAGGAAAGUUGAUUCAAUCAUAUUGCAUCGUAAGCGCAAAAAAUCAAAACAUUCUAAAGAUCCUGACCAUUCAUCUAAGAGACCAAAACUACAUGUUUCAUCAUCAUCGUACGAUGACGAAAGUCUAAAAUUAAAACUUAAAAUCAUGGGAGGAAAAAACUGUAAAAACGAUAAAAAAUUUAAUAAUAAUGAAGAGGCUUAUGAGAAAACAUAUAAUUUUAAAGCUUCUCACUACCAUAAGACUACUGAUUCAAGUUCCAUAAAUGUGCAACAUGAAUAUUCAACAAAGAAGCAAGAACAAGAAAAGCAUAAAGAGGCUGUAAUUGAAUUAGAGAAUCACAAAUACUCCGUAACUGAACAAAAAAUUCCAAAAAGUUCUAAUUCAAAUCAACCUAUGGUUUUCAUACCUAAAUUGGUGUUACAAAAAUCAACAUCUGUACCAAAUACAUUUACGGCAUCGUCACCAACAUCUACAUCGUCGGAUAAUAGUUUCAAUAAAAGUAAUAGCAGCAACAAUAAUACUAACAUUAAUUCGAAAAAAGAAGAAACGACAAAAGUACAAAGAAGAAAUUCAAUUUAUUCGGAUCAACAUAAGAAGCAACAAGAGCAAUCGUUGUCAUCAUUGUCGUCGUCAUCUUCAUCAUUGCCUUCUGAUGCAGAAAAAUCGAAAGAUUUAAAAAUAAAGAUAAAAACGCUUGAUAAACUUUCUGGACAUGAUUCUAAUUCAGUAAACAAUCAACAGAAAUUAAUGAAACCGCCAACAGCGAAAAUGGGCUCGCCGUCGUCUGACAUUCAGGCUCAAAUUACAUCGACCCUUGCGUCAAGUCCAAUUCGACCGAAUAGCAUCCCCGCAUCACUUAAAUUAUCACCAAUAUCAGCGACGGCAGCAUCACCAACAAUAUCGGUUAAGAGCGAAAUGCAGCUACAAAAUUUAAAGCGCUCAUUGAGUUUGGGUGCUGAGAAGUCACCUCAUUGUUAUAUUAAUCCAUAUGCAAAAACAAAUACUGAAAUGUUUACACGCGAUCCACCUCUAAUUGAAAUUCCUCCCUUAAUUCCAACAUCAUCAACAAUUCGUAAUUUUUACAAUAGCAACAACAACAGCAACAGUUUUAAUCAUCAUAAUAAUCAGAGUGUAGGAAAAAUGUCGCCAGUAUCGAUUUCAAAAGUACCAAACAUAAAUGUUAAAGAUCCCACGAAACUCUUUCCGAAUGCAUGUCCGUCUGUUGAAAUACUUAAAAUACCUCAAGCUGCGCCAAUCGUAAAUAGACACCAACAACAUCAGCCUUCUGUUAAAAACAUUAAGCUUAAUCGUCAGAUGCCACCCACAAUUCCUUUAGAGAAAAUUAAACAAACAGCACAAAAUCCAACAUUACAGAAAAUUUUGCCAAAAUCUUUACAAUCAACACAGAAUUUUUUAAAGUCGUCGGGUUUUCAUGAAAAGAUUGAUUUACCUCACCGGAGUACUACUACUACUAAUAAUAAUAAUAACACUAAUAAUAAAAUGAAUAAUUUAUCAUUCAAUACGUCAGACUUGUGUCAGAAUCCAAUUAGUCAGGAUUUGACAUUGGAACGAUAUCAUUAUGAAUUAUCGAGUGAUAUAGCAAAACUUGAUCAAAGCUUGAGUUUAGAGAAGAAUUUUGAGCACUGGGGGAAGCAGAAGAUGCAAGAAUAUAGUAAAAUUAGUGAUAUAAAAAAUUUCGCAACAUCGCCAACUGCAAAGAGUUUGUUGAAUCAGCAGAAUAUGAAUCUAUCUGUACGUAAUAUUCCGAACCCAUCUGCUCUUAUGAUGUUCCGUAAUCAAGCUAAUAAUCUACAUAAUUCAAAUAAAUCAAAAUCUCCGACUUCAACUUCUUCUUCUCCCAAAUUACCAACUGUAAAAGAAACAGUUAGUUCAAGUACUAGCGAUCAAUGCUCGGAUAUUGAAGAAAUUUUAUCAAAGUCAACGAUUUCUAAAAGUACUGAGAAGCCAUUUUCUGAAAACUAUUCUCAAAAUUUGCUACAAUCAAAAUUUUCUCCUUCCUCUUUGUCUUCAAAUCAUGGAAAGAUUAAUGAUAAAAAGAGCAUUGAGAAGCUUACUGAAUACCUCCGUCUAACUGCAACGGCUGCAAAGUCAAAGGAAAUGAGACAAGACGAUGAUAAUAAUAACAAUAAUUCGUCACCAAAAAAUGAUAAAAAUUUCAAUUUAAUUGAUACGAGAAAGCAAAAAUCUUCAUCAUCGGAUGUAAUAUGUAUUGAUUCAUAAAUCAUAUAUCCACAAUCUUGAUAUUAAAUUAAUCAAAAAAUGGCAUUAGAUUCCACUCAGAAAAAUUAUUAUUUAAAUAAUUUUAUUGAAUCUCAAAAUCAAAAGUAAUUUUUUUUGUUGUUAAUAAUUAUCGCUCCUAAAAUUUAUACAUAAUCGUAUAUAGUCAACAUUGUGUAUACUGAAAAAAUAUAUCAAAAUAAAUUCAAAAAAAAAGUUUCUAUAAAAAAGAUUGCCGCUAUUUAUUCAGCGGAAACACUAAAAAUGCGUCAUUUCAGGUAGCCAAAUAUGAUGAUAGUUUUGUACUAUCGUGUAGAAUAACUCUAGAUUUACAUUAAGACAGCAACAAAGUAAAAUAUUUAAAAAAAAAUCUAUCAAUUAUUGGAUACAGGAAGACACGUUUUUCGAGCGGAAAUUUAAUCACAUUAGAGAUGGAAAUUUUUUUUUCAUCAAAUUUCAAUUUUUUUUUCUUUGAUUUUAUAAAAAGUAAAGAAGAGUAGGGAUAAAAUAGGUGAAGUGUCAAGGUGUGAUGAUUUUUGGGUAGCUUUAAAUUUUUCUCUUAUAAAGGUUUAAAGUGUUUAAAAGAGUUGAUUGAAGCUGAUUUCAUUUCAAUAAUACGUAUUUAAAGAUUUAUCGAUGUUUAUCAUAAAUUCCCUGUAUUGACCCUAAAGAAAUCCAAGAUACUCUCGAGCGAUCAAUUCUUAGUGUUAAUUAAAAACACCCUCGUUCCUAUGAAUCAUAGUUUCCAUUGAUCCUAGUUGAUUUAAAGAUUAUUCGCGUAAAUUCAAUUUUUCAAUUUUUGAUUUCAUUCCAAAAAUGGAAUAAGAAACAAAAAAAAAAACUUCGAGUCAUCACACCUUGGAAACUUAACCUUAAUAAAUUAAUCAUUACCAAAACCUUAAAAAAUAUAUGAAGAAGCCCAAUUACAAAUUUCUAUACACAUGAAAAAAAAAAUCUUUUUAAAUAAAGGAACUUACAUAAAGUAAUUGAAAAUUAGGCAAUAUAAAUUAUCAUCUACAGUUAACCCAAUGAUAUUGCUUAUAUAAUUAAAGAAUAUUAAAUUUAAAAUAUACAUGUCGUAUGUUCAUAAUAUGUACUACUUUCAUAAUUAUAGAGAAAAAAUAAAUAACACAAUAUGAACUAAGUGACAAAAAAAAUUAUGAUCGUGCUAAAUAAACACAUGAAAUUGAGAAGAAGCUGACGUAGUUUAAUAUAAUGAUGAAGUAACUACAUAUUCACUAAAAAAAAAGUUCAAAAACCUCUUUCUAACUUCUCAAGUACAUAUAUGAAAUAAGAAAUAAUGAAAGAAAAAAAAAGAUAAAAAUUGAAUGAAUGAAAUGAAAAAAAGCAACAAAGAGAAAGAAAAGCAGAAAUAUAAUAAAAAAAAAAUCAAGAUGACAUUAUAUGGCUAAAUGUCAAGCGAAUUGGUUAUUUUUAAGGCUUCAAAAAGAUGCUUUCGGAUUGAUAAAAUUUAAAAGAAUAGUAUGAAAAAUAAUGAAAUAGUUGUAAUGUUGUCAAAGAUGAUCAUUGCACCCUUUUGUAGCAAGUUUUAGAAUUAUUUUGGUAUGAAUUGAGGAAUCUUGUUCUGUUGGAAUGUUUAAUUUAAUGAUACAAACUUGGACAUUUGAAAUUGUUUGUGGAAUUUGAAUUAAAGUUUUUGAGAUACUUGAGAUAGCUCAAUAUUCAAUAUGUGAAGCUUGAAAUAUGGAAAUGAUGACUAUAUUGAGGAAUUUUGAAUUUAUUUUAAAGUGGACGAGCACACGCGAGUGUGAACUUCGUGACUCUAAUUUUCAUGACUUAUGAAAGUAUUUAAAAAAAGUCAUUUUUGAGGCUAUUUAAUAAAAACAUCAACUUAGUUUUAUGAGAUCUGAUUAAUGAAAUUUAAUAGAUUUAUUGGACACAAGGCUCCAGCAGAUUAUUUAACUUCAAUAAUCUUAAUAGAUUAUAAUUUUCGUUUUUAAAAGAUGAUAAUCUGUGGAAGCUUUGAUUGGACAUAUUUCAUGAAAGUUAUGUUUUUUAAAGAUUAAGAAGAUUUAAAACUACUCUUAAGUUAGUGCUCGAGUGACAUAGAGGCUUUAUAAGUUUGCAAUGUCAAGUAUCAACUUUAGUCUUUGAUAUUUAAUAGCGAAAAUGUAGUAAAAUGCAGGAAAAGGUCAAACUAUGAAUGCUGAUCCACGACAAUUUCAAGCAAAAACUAUAAAUUUCCUCAAUUCAUUGCCAAGAAAUGCUAAAGUUUAAAUAAUUUGGAGCUGUAUCCUAUUAAUGCUUGAAUUUGUUCAUCGAUGUUUCUAGCAAUAAAUGAUAAAUUCUAUUCCCUACGUACUACAAGUCAAAACAAAGAAUUAUCAGAAAAACAUCAAAAAUUCAAGCAUCAAUAUCCACAAAACUCUAAAUUGUCAGAAAAAAAUUAACCCUUUUGGAAGCUUUAUAUGACAUUAAACAUUCAAAAAAAAAAUAUUAAACAAAAUUUUCCCAUUUUUGGAAAUUAGAAUAAAUUUUAAAUUUAAAUUAAUAUAUAGUGCAAAAGGAUUGAUAUUAGAGAAAACCCACAAAAUUAAAAAAAAAAGUUUGGAAGUCUUCACAAAAAAAUUCCAAAUUUAAUUGCACUUUAAAAAUGAAAAGAAAAAAAAAUAAUAAAAAAUAAAAUUCAAUGUGAGAGAUAAAUACAAUAAUAAUGACGAAUAUAAUGGUAUAUAAAGGAAGGAAAUGAUAUAUUCUUAUUCUUACUUCUUUUUUUUUUUUUGGGGGCUAUUGAAAUGAUAUUAUGAAUAAUGAGUUUUAUGUUUCAUUAUUACAACAUUUCUUUUCCGAUACGUACAUGCAUAAUGACUUAUUAUUUAUUGCAGUAAUAGUAAUUAUUAAAGGGGAGUGUUUGAUGUGCAAUAAAAAAAGCGAACAAUUUUUUUUUUCAUAAUUUUAAUCGUUAUUGUUUGAUAAUUUCAAUGAUAAUUUUUACAUUGUGAUCCUUAGUGCAAAAGAGAAAAGAUUUAAAAGUAAAUAUUGAUGAAAUGAAGUCUAAUAUUUAAUAUUAUAUUAACAUUUUUUAAUCUUAUUUUAUUUAAUUUCAUGAUGAUGAUGAUGAUGAUGUAAAUAAAAUAAAG